AUGUCUUCAGGUCCCGUUCGAACAAAUCGAAAGGAUAAGUCAACGCGUAAGAACAAGCCUUAUGAUAGAAUUACGGAAUCUUCGCCAUUGAAGUCACCACAGACACCUUCGAAAUCGAUUUUACAGCGCGCAAAAGAUUGGCUUACGCCUUCUUCUUGGAAAAAGACAAUUGCCUUCCUGAGUAAGAUACCUUCUGAAGAGUCCGAAGACGAAGAUCAAAGCUUAAUUACUGAUAGCAGCGAAGAAAUAAAGUCAGAAGAACCGUCAUUUCAAAAGCAGCCUCGUGCUGUCGACUCUCCAAAGACUCCUAGUAUCGUCCCUCAUGGCAGCUUAUUGCCUCCAGCUUCAAGUCAAGAAUCACCAAACCAACUUUUGGCUACAUUUUUUUCAAACAAGGGAAAACAGCCUUUGAACGAGGUUGAAAGAGAAGGAGUGUUGAGUCUUUUAUCUAAAGAUAAUUCUCCUGCUUCGACAACACAUCCUUCUCCCUCCAUCCCUUCUCAGCAAUUCAGCACUCCCAAAUAUGUCAAUCCUCAUCGUGCUGUUUCGAGUGAGUCUCGUAUCCAAACCGCAAGCUCCUUUCAUGCUAGCCCUAAUUCUCCUAGGCAAUGGUCUGCCUUCCGUUCAACAUUCUCUCCCAUUCUCGAGAAUUCAAAAUCUCCUAAUACGUCAGGAAAUUCGCUACUAUCAGCUCAGAAAACAAGUUACUAUGGACCUACAAUUUCUACCCCUUUCCGCAAGAAGUUACAACGCAAGCGUCAUUCCACUACUCCUGUCGGUACUUCGAAAUUAACUUCUUUGAUUUCUUCUACUACUCCUGACUUUGCUCCAAAGCGUAGUAAGCACGAGUCUUUUAAUGGAAGCUUUACUGCGAAUGAGGAUUCUUUCAGCACUGUCCCCGCUUCUUCACCUUUUCCUCCUGCACAAAGCACGCCUCAACAGAAAACGCCCAGUCGUACGGCUGCAAACUUAAUGAGUAUUCUGGAAAGUAAGGAAAAACUAAGUACCAGUCCAUCAGCAGAAAACUCCGCAAGUACUGCCAAAACUUCUUACAUUAGUCCCUAUGCGAGACCUAGCGUUACUACUUCCCGUCGUCGUCAUACGCUUUCGAAGGACGAAGUUCGUCCAUUGAAGACAAUUGAAGAGAAACAGGAAACACCAGCUGUCGAGACUCUUGAAAAAUCGUCAAAUUUACAGACAUACAAACCUGACUUUACUCCUCAAUUCUUGAAAGAACCCUCUCUUUCUGAAACAAAAAAAGAAACAGAACCAGCUUCUCAGAAAACCGACACUGGCACUGCAAAAGCCACUCCACUUUUUAAAUUCACUGCUCCAGCUACUAGUUCAUCUACUAGCUUUUCACCCCAGUCAACAAAGCCUUUUGAAAACGUGAAAGAAGAAAAGCCUACUCCAGCUGCUGACAAAAACGAAGCAAUUGAUGUUGAUAUGGAGGAAUUGAAAGAAGAACCUAAAGAAGAGAAAACGAACGUUUCUUCUAUUCAAAAACCGGAAACCACCUCGGAAAAACAGUCAUUUUCGGGGUUUUCUUUUGCAAACCUUUCAAAGCCUAAGCCUUUUACAGCUUCGACAGAAACACCUAAAGCUGUUGAAACUCCAGGAUUUUCUUUUGCUUCGACAGAAACACCUAAAGCUGUUGAAACUCCAGGAUUUUCUUUUGGUUCCUUAACGAAUCAUUCAGCGUUUACUGAUGUUUCUUCACUUGAGCAAAAGAAAGAUGGAAAGCCAGGCAUUUCCUCAAUUCCACCUAUUAGCUCCGCUGUUUCAGCGGCUGGCAACGAGGCGGAUGUUUCUCAAACCACUAAAGAACCUAAACCAUUUUCCUUUGCUUCAUCCCCAAAAGUGGAUGAGAAGCCGAAAGAGACACCUGUUUUUACCUUUGGCAAUGCUGGAGAAAAUCAAACCAAUAAGGAGCCUAAACCAUUUUCCUUUCCUUCAUCCCCAAAAGUGGAUGAGAAGCCAAAAGAGACACCUGUUUUUACCUUUGGCAGUACUAGAAACAACGCCUUUUCUUCCGCUACUCCUGUAAUGGAAAAAGAACACGUGGAAGAAACGAGCCUGCCACAGUUCUCAUUUACCGUUUUACCUAAGAAAGACAUUCCUGGUGGUUCUGUAAAUGAGAAGGCACUAUCUGCUACCGACGAAGUUCCGUCAUUUUCUUUUUCAACUUUGGAGAAAAAAGAUUAUUGAGAUAAUGAUUUUAAAAGACUUGAGUUUGUCGAGUUGAUUCAUUUGGAACGAUGAUGAGAUGUCUGUUUCGCAAAUUUAUCGAAAUAUACUGAGAUCAGUCAUUAAUUUUGGAAUAGCUCUUACGAGUAUAAAUUGGGAACAAUAUGAUGAAAAAAGGGUAACAGGUGACGAUAAUUUCAAAAAAGUUUCAACGUCCAUGUACACAAU